AUGUGUUGGUGUUCCAGCGAGCGCCCCGGCUGCGCUGGAAGUUGCUGGGCAAAGGGGAGGCACUCUCUGGGCUGUCGUGCGUUGUUUGGUUCUUUUCCCCGAGUGAGGCGGGGAGGGGUUAAUCCUGUGUGCUGUCUCGGGGCGAAUGGAAGGCAAAGGUUGGGCGGGCUGUGACCUGGGCUGGGGCGGAGGGGACCCCUCUUUCUGGAAGCUGUAAUGGGCUGGGGCGGAGGGGACCCCUCUUUCUGGAAGCUGUAAUGGGCUGGGAAGGAGGGAGCUGCUGCUCCAGGGCUGCUGGGGAUCAGCAGCCUACUUGGGCCUCAAGGGGGGGCUUAAUGGGGGGUGAAUGUGCAAGGCAUGUGCUUACAUUUUGUAGAGAUCUCCAAAACCUAAUUGUCCCGUUCAUUUUGUUUUGGUAGCUUUUUUGUGUUCAAGUUUGCAGUUGUCUCGGGGAAUUUUAUUCACGAGCUAAUUUUGUUCCAACCUGCUGGAAAAGUUGCGUGUUGUCGCUGACACGUUCAGCUCCUGUGUGUUUCUCCCGGUAGCGGAGUCAGCCCAGUAGCUGCUUCCCUUGCAGCAGGCAAUGGGAAGAAGAGAACGUGCCUCUCUGUCAUCAUCCGUUGCAUGCCUUGCAGCCUGUGGUUUCAGAGGAGCUCAGCACCAUCUGCAUGUAGACAAAUGCCUCCUCCUGGGUGUAGCUGCACAGUCCGGGCCGAUCAUGUGUAUUCUGCAGGCCAUGUGCACGCAUGCAGAUAACUGAAGUACUUGCUGCAGGAUUGAAAAAGGUCCUUUGGCAACUACUGUCAGCUGGUCACUGUCAGAAAGGGUGGUUAGGCUGUUACCCAUGGGUAACGGGUGUUGGCAGAGUCAGUUGCUGUAUCUGUAGACUUAAUGUGAUUUCAUGACCAGUUUUCAUCACCCCUUUAUUCUUCCCAUUCCCCCUUCCUUUUUUCUUUUGCAGGGUGAUCUUGAGUUCUUCUUAGCUUGCUGGUGCUCAGCCUCCUCAUGCCUCCAUCUCCUUUAGACGACAGGGUAGUAGUGGCACUUUCAAGGCCAGUGAGACCUCAGGAUCUCAACCUUUGUUUAGACACUAGCUGUCUUGAAUCUGCCUCUUCUGCUGGUGAGAGCCACUCCAGUCUGCUUGGCACAGCUGUCGUGUCCCUAAAGACUGCUAAUCUCACGUAUAUGCCCUCAUCUAACAGCUCUGCACGCUCGCUGAGUUGUGGAUGCAGCAGUGCCAGUUGCUGCACUGUGGCAACGUACGACAAGGACACACAGGCCCAAACUCAAGCAGGCACCAGCGCCGGAGCCUCCACCACCUGUCCUGCCAACCAAAUGGUCAACAGCAAUGAGAACGCUGGCAGCUUGAGCCCCCUGGGUGGAGUUGGGAGCCCGGUCUCGGGCACCACCAAGCAACUCGCUAGCAUAAAAAUAAUUUACCCCAAUGAUCUGGCGAAGAAGAUGACCAAAUGCAGCAAGAGCCACCAACAGAACCAGGGGCCUGUCAUCAUUGACUGCAGGCCAUUCAUGGAGUAUAAUAAGAGCCACAUUCAAGGGGCUGUCCACAUUAACUGUUCUGACAAGAUCAGCCGGAGAAGGCUUCAGCAGGGCAAGAUCACAGUCUUGGACUUGAUCUCCUGCCGGGAAGGCAAGGACUCCUUCAAGAGGAUCUUUUCCAAAGAAAUCAUAGUUUAUGAUGAGAACACCAAUGAGCCAAGCAGAGUAAUGCCUUCCCAACCACUGCACAUAGUGCUGGAGUCACUGAAGCGAGAAGGCAAGGAACCCCUAGUCCUAAAAGGAGGACUCAGUGGUUUCAAGCAGAACCAUGAAAACCUCUGCGAUAACUCUCUCCAGCUACAAGAGUGUCCGGAGGGGGGAGGAGGGGGCGGUGCGUCUGCUGUGCCCCCCACGCUACCUCAGUCCAUCCCUACCACGCCAGACAUUGAGAAUGCUGAGCUCACUCCUAUCCUGCCCUUCCUCUUCCUCGGAAACGAGCACGAUGCUCAGGACUUGGAGAAAAUGCAGAGGAUGAACAUAGGCUACGUAAUCAAUGUGACCACCCACCUGCCCCUGUACCACUAUGAGAAAGGCAUGUUCAACUACAAGCGGCUCCCGGCCACUGACAGCAACAAGCAGAAUCUCAGGCAGUAUUUUGAGGAGGCUUUUGAGUUUAUUGAGGAAGCUCAUCAGUGUGGAAAAGGUCUCCUCAUCCACUGCCAGGCUGGUGUCUCCAGAUCUGCCACCAUAGUUAUCGCGUACUUAAUGAAGCACACGCGCAUGACCAUGACAGAUGCCUAUAAAUUUGUAAAAGGCAAGCGACCAAUCAUUUCCCCUAACCUUAACUUUAUGGGGCAGUUACUGGAGUUUGAAGAAGAUCUAAACAACGGUGUAACACCGCGAAUCCUCACACCAAAGUUGAUCGGCGUAGAGACUGUUGUGUGACAGCCAAGCUGCAAGGUGGUGAUCAAUGAAGGGGUUAACCUAUUCUGCACCUGAUCUGAGGCAGUGAUGGGUGGGUUGUGGGUUUUUCUUUCUAGCUUUCGAGGGGGGGGAGGGGUGGCAAAUUUUUUGUGAAUAAAAAAAACCCCUCUUUUUUUUUUUGUAAGGAAAGAUUUUUAAGAGAUCCGAGAACUUUGCCACAUUUGGGAUGCUGUUGUGAUUUCCUUCCCAGAUGGUGGCAGAGCAGGGAGGCUUUGGAUCAAAAGAAGUACUUUUUAAAAUCAGAAGAAGAAAUACUGGGCGCUUUUUUAAUUUUUCCCUCCUCUCCAGCUACCUGUAGAGUUUAUGGCUAAGUAGUCUGUGCAGGUUCAUAGACUGAAGAAACCCAAUUUGAAGACAAAAGCAAACAGCCAAAACAAAGCAGAAAAAAACUCCCUGAAACAUAAGGCCCUUUGUUCUGCAAAGGCUUUGCUAAAGAUGAUAACCUAGCAAAAUACUCACCAAUGCAAAGGAAAUUGGAGCAGCUAAAAAAGUUUGUAAGGCACUUUUCACACUCCUGACUCAAACUAAAGAAGAAAAAGAAAAGGUUUAUUUGGCAUGUUUCAUGUUCCAGUUCUAUUUUUCUAUUUAGGGGUGUAAGGUUUUAACAGUAAGAGACUUUGAUCAAUCUAUGCCAUAUGCCUUCACUGGCUUCUUGUGCAAUAAUAACGUGGGGUUUGUUUUGAGUGUUCAAACCAAUUAGAGGUGGCUGCUCACUAAUAAUAUAAUUUUUAAAGUUUAAUAGCUCAAUGGCAGCCAGCUUGGUUCAGAAACAAUAAUUUAGAGCAAUUAUUUCCUUCCUUUAUAUGAUUUUGAUCCUGGUUAUAGUGCCAUAAACCUUGUUACAUAUGUAUAUCAGAAUGUACAAAAAUUGAAAAUGAGCAAAGUUUAUUUAAAAUAUUUUUCUCACAAAAUAUUGGUGUGUUUCAGUUGUCUAUGUAAAAAAAUAUUAUAAAACAAAACCUUUUGGAAAAUGUGUGUCCUUUUAUUUCUUUAGCUAUUUUCUUUCUGUGAGAUGGGUUUUUGUUCUGUUUGGGUUGUUUGUUUGUUUGUUUUUUUGUUGUUGUGAUGUACAUCUCCUUUUGACAAAGCUAGUAUCUCUUGUUUGACAUCUCUUCAGGUUUUUUGUUUCUGUCUUCUGCUAGGGAAACAUGUUUUCUUUAUUUUCUAUUGUAUUCCUGCAUCCUUCAGUUUCUGUAACCAGACUUUUCUCUCCUGGAAGUACAUCAGAUUUGGAGCUGUUCAGCUGAAUUAGCACUAUUGGUGAGGGGUCUUUGGGACAGACCUGUUACUUCUACAGCUCACAGCCAGUUGGAAAAACAAGAAAUAAACCUACUUCACUGGUUCCUUUA